AUGCGUACAUUUCUUACCAAGCAAGUAGAUAAUCUUUUUAAGGAGUUGGAUCAUGACUAUAAAGUGGAUGGUUUGACUUCUAAGAAAAGGUACAAUCUGAAAAAAAUUGAACCUUCAAUUUCUGCUACCAUGACAACUGUCGUAAAAGGAGCGUCCACUUUGUCCACUCUUACACCUUGCUCCAAAAGGCUCUGCAGCUUGAUUCCAAAUGGCUUGGAGAACGAAGACAUGUAUUUACAGUUCCCUGAAUGUGGUUUCUACGGAAUGUAUGAUAAGAUCCUUCUUUUCCGCCAUGACCCUACCUCCGAAAACAUCCUGCAGCUGGUGAAGACAGCUAGUGAUAUCCAGGAAGGGGACCUGAUUGAAGUGGUCUUGUCAGCUUCUGCCACCUUUGAAGACUUCCAGAUUCGUCCACAUGCUCUCUUUGUUCAUUCAUAUCGAGCUCCAGCAUUCUGUGAUCAUUGUGGAGAAAUGCUGUGGGGGCUGGUGCGUCAGGGCCUUAAAUGUGAAGGAUGCGGUCUAAAUUACCAUAAGAGAUGUGCAUUUAAAAUCCCUAACAAUUGCAGUGGUGUGAGGCGGAGGAGGCUCUCAAAUGUUUCCCUCACUGGGCUCAGCACCACCCGCACAUCAUCUACUGAGCUGUCUACCAGUGCCCCUGAUGAGCCCCUGCUGCAGAAGUCACCAUCAGAGUCAUUCAUUGGUCGAGAGAAAAGGUCAAAUUCUCAGUCAUACAUUGGAAGACCAAUUCAGCUCGACAAAAUGCUGAUGUCCAAGGUGAAGGUGCCACACACGUUUGUCAUCCACUCUUACACCCGGCCAACAGUGUGCCAGUACUGCAAAAAGCUGCUGAAGGGCCUUUUCAGACAGGGCUUGCAGUGUAAAGACUGUAGAUUCAACUGCCAUAAACGCUGUGCUCCAAAAGUACCAAACAACUGCUUGGGUGAAGUGACCAUCAAUGGAGAUUUGCUCAGCCCUGGAGCAGAAUCUGACGUGGUCAUGGAAGAAGGGAGUGAUGACAAUGACAGUGAACGGAACAGUGGGCUUCUGGAUGACAUGGAAGAGGCGAUGGUCCAAGAUGCCGAGAUGGCCAUGGCAGAAGGCCAGAGUGACAGUGGAGAAAUGCAGGAUGCAGACCCAGACCAGGAAGACUCCAAUAGAACCAUAAGGCAACGGAAACGGCACUAUUGGAGGUUGGACAGCAAAUGUAUUACACUCUUCCAAAAUGACACUGGAAGCAGGUACUACAAGGAAAUUCCUUUAUCAGAAAUUUUAUCUCUGGAACCAGCAAAAUCUGCAGCAUUAAUACUUAGUGGAGCUAAUCCUCAUUGUUUUGAAAUCACCACGGCAAAUGUAGUAUAUUAUGUGGGAGAAAAUGUGGUCAACCCCUCCAGCCCCCCACCAAAUAACAGCAUCUUCACCAGUGGCAUUGGUGCAGAUGUGGCCAAGAUGUGGGAGACGGCCAUCCAGCAUGCCCUCAUGCCUGUCAUCCCCAAAGGCUCAUCUAUAGGCAUAGGAUCCAACUCUCACAAUAUCUCGGUCAGCAUUUCGGUAUCAAAUAGCCAGAUUCAAGAAAAUGUGGACAUCAGCACAGUAUAUCAGAUUUUUCCUGAUGAAGUACUGGGGUCUGGACAGUUUGGAAUUGUGUACGGAGGAAAACAUCGUAAAACUGGAAGAGAUGUAGCUAUUAAAAUCAUUGAUAAAUUGAGAUUUCCAACAAAACAAGAAAGCCAGCUUCGUAAUGAGGUUGCAAUUCUUCAGAACCUUCAUCACCCUGGUGUUGUAAAUUUGGAGUGUAUGUUUGAGACGCCUGAGAGAGUGUUUGUUGUUAUGGAAAAACUCCAUGGAGACAUGCUGGAGAUGAUCUUGUCAAGUGAAAAGGGCAGGUUGCCAGAGCACAUCACCAAGUUUUUAAUUACUCAGAUACUUGUGGCUUUGCGGCAUCUUCAUUUUAAAAAUAUCGUUCACUGUGACCUCAAGCCAGAAAAUGUGUUGCUGGCAUCAGCAGAUCCUUUCCCUCAGGUGAAGCUUUGUGAUUUUGGUUUUGCUCGGAUCAUUGGAGAGAAGUCUUUCCGGAGGUCUGUGGUGGGUACCCCAGCUUACCUGGCCCCUGAGGUUCUCAGGAACAAGGGCUAUAAUCGCUCUCUAGACAUGUGGUCUGUUGGGGUUAUCAUCUAUGUGAGCCUAAGUGGCACAUUCCCAUUUAAUGAAGACGAAGACAUUCACGACCAGAUCCAGAAUGCAGCUUUUAUGUAUCCACCAAACCCCUGGAAGGAGAUCUCUCACGAAGCCAUUGACCUAAUCAAUAAUUUGCUGCAAGUAAAAAUGAGAAAGCGCUACAGUGUGGAUAAGACCUUGAGCCACCCUUGGUUACAGGACUAUCAGACCUGGUUAGAUUUACGAGAGCUGGAAUGCAAAAUGGGAGAACGCUACAUCACCCAUGAGAGUGAUGACUCGAGGUGGCAGCAGUAUGCAGGAGAGCAGGGGCUACAGUACCCCCCACACCUGAUUGAUCCAAGUGCUAGCCACAGUGACAGUCCUGAGACUGAAGAAGGAGAGAUGAAAGCCCUCAGCCAGCGUGUCAGCAUCCUCUGAGUUCCAUCCCUUCUAAUCUGUCAAAACACUGUGGAAUUAAUAAAUACAUACGGUCAGGUUUAACAUUUGCCUUGCAGAACUGCCAUUAUUUUCUGUCAGAUGAGAACAAAGCUGUUAAACUGUUAGCACUGUUGAUGUUUCUGAGUUGCCAAGACAAAUCAACAGAAGCAUUUGUAUUUUGUGUGACCAACUGUGUUGUAUUAACAAAAGUUCCCUGAAACACUAAACUUGUUAUUGUGAAUGAUUCAUGUUAUAUUUAAUGCAUUAAACCUGUCUCCACUGUG